GACUCGCUCUCGCUGUCCCCAAGACUAAGGACACAGAUAAAACGUGUCCUCCCGGAUAUUUUUCUGUUUUUUUUUUAUUUUCCUGCCAUGGUACUAUGAUCUCCGUCGUGCUCGCGGGCACCACCCCUCCAAACACACCCGUCUAUCUCUGAGCUGUCAAUCACAUCACGCCGGGAUUUCUACAUGUGAGUGCAUGGCGCGCCGGGCAGGGCGGAUCUGCUCACGGGGUGAAAAAACGCCGGUUAAUAUGGAUGAAAGGUCAACCGUCAUCUCAGCAUUUCAGUCACUCUGAUUAGCGACACUGUCCUAUAGCGUUGCCGAGACCACAGAGCAGGGGAAGAUGAUGUGCGAGGUGAUGCCGACCAUCAGCGAGGGAGACUCAGCCGGUCCUCCCAGAGGUACCGGCGGCGUCCCGAACGGCUCGGACCAGGAGGCCAACUUCGAGCAGCUGAUGGUCAACAUGCUGGACGAGAGGGACAAGCUGCUGGAGUCCCUCAGGGAGACUCAGGAGACCCUCAUUCAGUCUCAGACUAAGCUGCAGGGGGCGCUGCACGAGAGGGACGUGCUCCAGCGGCAGAUCAACGCCGCGCUGCCUCAGGAGUUUGCCACCCUGACGAAGGAGCUGAACAUAUGCCGGGAGCAGCUGCUGGAGAAAGAGGAGGAAAUAUCUGAGCUGAAAGCUGAAAGGAACAACACCAGGCUGCUGUUGGAGCACCUGGAGUGUCUGGUGUCUCGUCACGAACGCAGUCUGAGGAUGACAGUGGUGAAGAGACAGGCACCCCCACCAUCUGGAGUCUCCAGCGAGGUGGAGGUCCUCAAAGCCCUGAAGUCGCUGUUUGAACACCACAAGGCUCUGGAUGAAAAGGUACGUGAGAGGCUUCGGGUGGCUCUGGAGAGGGUGGCCACCCUGGAGGGACAGCUAGCAACUACCACGCAAGAGUUGAACAUGGUGAGACAAAGGAAGGACGGUGACUCAGUGGAGCGAACAGAUGGAUCCAAACCUACAUGGAAGAGACUGCCCAAUGGCUCAAUAGACGCUCAUGACGAUGGCAGUCGGGUGUCUGAGCUUCAGGAGCUGCUUGAUCGGACCAAUAAGGAGCUGGCCCAGAGCCGCGAACACUCUGCCACUCUCAACGCCCGUUUGGCCGAGCUCGAGGCCGAGCUCACGAAUGCGCGAAGAGAACUGAGCCGUAGUGAGGAGCUGUCAAUCAAACAACAGAGGGAACAGAGAGAGAGAGAGGAUAUGGAGGAGAGGAUAACAACGUUAGAGAAACGCUACCUGGCUGCUCAGCGGGAGACCACACACAUCCACGACCUUAAUGACAAACUGGAGAAUGAACUGGCCACCAAGGACUCACUGCACCGACAGAGCGAGGAGAAGGUGCGCCAGCUGCAGGAGAUGCUGGAGAUGGCAGAGCAGAGGCUGGCUCAGACCAUGAGGAAGGCUGAGACAUUGCCAGAGGUGGAAGCUGAACUGGCGCAGAGAGUGGCAGCACUUUCCAAGGCUGAGGAGCGUCAUGGCAACGUGGAAGAGCGCCUCAGACAGCUGGAGUCACAACUGGAGGAGAAGAACCAAGAGCUAGGAAGGGCUCGUCAGAGAGAGAAAAUGAAUGAAGAGCACAACAAACGCUUGUCUGACACCGUGGAUCGUCUGCUCACUGAGUCCAAUGAAAGACUGCAGCUCCAUUUGAAAGAACGCAUGGCUGCCCUGGAGGACAAGAACUCCCUUAUUCAGGACCUCGAGAAUUGCCAGAAACAGCUUGAAGAAUUCCACCACACGAGGGAACGGCUGAUUGGAGAGAUUGAGAAGUUGAGAAAUGAGAUCGACCAUUUGAAGCGCCGCAGUGGGGCGUUUGGAGAUGGAACUCACCCUCGGUCUCACCUGGGUAGCUCCAGCGACCUUCGCUUCUCUGUGGUGGAGGGCCAAGAUGGCCACUAUAGCACAACUGUGAUCAGGCGGGCACAGAAGGGCAGACUGUCAGCGCUACGGGACGACCCAAACAAGGACUACCCAUCUCUGCGUGGGAGCGUCAGCCAUCUCCUUGGCAGCGACAUCGAGGGAGAGUCAGACCUGGAUGAUGACGUUAGCUCGGCCCUGCUUUCCCCCAGCGGCCAAUCAGACGCUCAGACUCUCGCUCUCAUGCUGCAGGAGCAGCUUGACGCUAUCAACGAAGAGAUAAGGAUGAUCCAGGUGGAAAGAGAGUCAGCAGACCUCCGCUCUGACGAGAUCGAGUCCCGCGUGAACAGCGGCAGCAUGGACGGACUCAACGUCACACUUCGACCCCGGGCCCUGCCCACCUCCGCCACUGCCCAGUCCCUGGCAUCAUCCUCCUCCCCGCCCACCAGUGGCCACUCCACACCUAAACACCACUCGCGCAACACCAGCCACCAUCUAGGCAUCAUGACUCUGCCAAGUGACUUGAGGAAACACCGUAGGAAAGUAGCAUCUCCAGUGGAAGUGGACAAAGCUACUAUCAAGUGUGAGACAUCGCCUCCCUCGUCCCCCCGUAGUUUAAGACUGGAAACCAAUUUUGCCCAGUUCACAGGCAGUCUAGAGGAUGGCAGAGGCAAGCAGAAAAAAGGUAUCAAGUCAUCUAUUGGUCGAUUGUUUGGGAAGAAGGAGAAGGGGGGUCGAAUGGAGCAGACUGUAGGCAGGGAUGGACAGCCUCUACCGGCCUUAUCCGACUUUGAUAUGGGCAUCGGUGACACUAUGACUCUGGGAAAACUGGGUACACAGGCUGAGAGGGACCGCAGGAUGAAGAAAAAACACGAGCUUCUGGAAGAUGCCAGAAAAAGAGGCCUGGCUUUUGCCCAGUGGGACGGCCCUACUGUUGUCUCCUGGCUUGAGCUGUGGGUGGGUAUGCCGGCGUGGUAUGUGGCAGCCUGUCGUGCCAACGUGAAGAGCGGAGCCAUCAUGUCAGCUCUGUCAGACACAGAGAUCCAGCGGGAGAUUGGCAUCAGCAAUCCUCUGCACCGACUCAAACUCCGCUUGGCCAUCCAGGAGAUGGUGUCCCUCACCAGCCCGUCUGCACCACUUACCUCCAGAACGUCCUCCGGAAAUGUGUGGGUGACUCAUGAAGAGAUGGAGAACCUGGCUUCCUCCACUAAAGCGGACAAUGAGGAGGGCAGCUGGGCACAGACUCUGGCAUAUGGUGACAUGAAUCACGAGUGGAUAGGGAACGAAUGGCUGCCCAGCCUCGGCCUGCCUCAGUACCGCUCCUACUUCAUGGAGUGUCUGGUGGACGCACGCAUGCUGGACCACCUGACCAAGAAGGAUCUGAGGAGCCACCUCAAGAUGGUGGACAGCUUCCAUAGGGCUAGUCUGCAGUAUGGGAUUAUGUGCUUGAAGAGACUCAAUUAUGACAGGAAAGACCUGGAGCGCCGGAGAGAGGACAGCCAACACGACAUGAAAGAUGUGUUGGUGUGGACCAAUGAGCAGGUAAUUCACUGGGUCCUGUCCGUUGGUUUGAGGGAGUAUAGCGGCAACCUGUUGGAGAGCGGUGUCCACGGAGCGCUCAUCGCACUGGACGAGACCUUUGACUACAGCAGCCUAGCGCUCAUCCUGCAGAUCCCUAUGCAGAACACACAGGCACGGCAGGUUCUGGAGAGGGAGUUCAACAACCUGUUAGCCUUGGGGACUGACCGCCGACUAGAGGAGAGUGGGGAUGACAAGUCUUUUCGACGCUCUCCAUCAUGGCGCAAGAGGUUUCGGGCACGUGAGGGAGGGGCAGGGCUGGGCAUGAUGGCAGGCUCCAUGGAAACACUGCCUGCCGGCUUCCGCAUGCCCUCCAUGUCCAUGCCGCCAUCUGUGAAUUUGAUGCCCAAGAAACAGCUCCAGCCUGAAGUGCAUUCUCAUUACCUAUACGGACACAUGCUUGCGGCCUUUUGAGAGUGAUAUGCCAAAUCUGGAGAGGGAGUCUUGGGUGCCACUGAUAGGGGGUCUUCACCCCUUUGUUGCCCAGCCUCACCUCCCACCUUUCACCUCUCACCUCUCCUUCGGACACGUGCAAUACAGAGGCCAACUCUGACCUUUGAACUCUGAGAGUGCUCAUUGGCUGCGCUCGCUGCUGUAAAGGAGACUCAUCCCUGUCUCUCCCAGUUUACCCCAGUGCUCCCAGUAGCCUUGUUGUUGUGGUGUUGUGCUCCUGCUCCCCUGGUCUCAGCUGUGGGUUCUUGUCCUGGUUCUAAUCUCUCAACAUGGCUAAGUCCAAACCAAUCUUUCUGUGUCAUCCCGUCCUAGGCAACAUGAAAGUGUGUUAGUGUAAAAAAGAUUUAAAGGGAUGUUGACAAGUCAUUGAUUUGGACUUGGGAAUGAUGAAUACUUGUAUAAAUGGCAGAUCCCACUGCACAUUGACCCUCUACCGGUUAUGCAAGGUAUUACUCAUUUAUCGUCUCUGUACAUAAAAUGGAUGACUUAUGUUUUUUAUAGAAAUAUUAUAUAUAUAUAUAUAUAUAUAUUGGAAAUAUAUAUGGAAAAUAAUAUAUCAUUGCUGUAUGAAACCCAAUGCCCUGUAUUCGAUAGUGACUGUUCUCUCUCUCUAUCUCUUUCUUUCUCUUUCUCUCUGUGUCGGACCUUUGUGUGUCUUUUGCUGUAUGCUGUAAGUGUGUGAAUCGUUAGUGGGAGGGUCUCACUAAGGAGGGGAUGUGUUUUUACAAGGACUCUUCACAGGUUCAUGGGUCCAAUUUCAGACUUCUCUCUUUGCCUCUUCUCCUGUUCUUUCCUUUUUCUUCCUCCUCUUUUGACACUAUGUAGCUGUUACCUCUCCUCUCUUUGCCUCUCUCGCCUUCAGUAUGACACUAUGUAGCCUAGAAUAGAGAGAAUCCUUUAAUAUAAAGAGUGUGUGUGUGUGUGUGUGUGUGUGCGUGCAUGUGUGUGUGUAUGAGUGAGCAAAUGAGUUUCUCUGCUCAAGACUUGUUGAGAGGUUGUGUGUGAAAGGCCGACCCCAGCCAUGUGACCAUGACGUUUCUCUGUGGAUGGAUAGUGUGAUCACUGUAGCUCCUCUCUGUUGAUUCCUUACUUUCUCUCAAAUCAAACUGUAAACUGCUGCUCAACAUCAGCCAAUGAUAUAGACAUAAAACUGCUCUAAGUGACGGACUCGUCUAAUCCUGUUCUGUCGCCUCCCAUUUAGUUGCCAUGGAGACGUGCCACUGAGCAGUCAGUACUCUUGGCUGGACAACUCCUCAUCCAGUGAGAACACAGCAUAUGAACCUGUGAAGUACUGGAUGGGUGUACAAUAUUUUGGUUUAUUUUUUUUUAAAUUAUUUUACAGUUUUUCCAAGGUGUCUAAAAGGUGUAAUGUGCUAUGUGGCAGCUAUGAGUACUGUGUCUUUAUUCCAGGUGUGAAACAAUGCUGACAAAUCAAGAUUUUAUUAUUUGGCUAUUUAAAAAAGUGAACUGUAUU